AUGGGUGUGGCUGCAGGCGAACUCAUCGUACCUUUCACCGGCGCCAUUCAAGCUGCCUUCUCGGUGCUCCUGACCAUUGCUUUUGGUGUUGUCGCAGCACAAUGCAACUUACUUUCGCCCAACGCGGCGAAGGAGGUGUCGAAGCUAUGCGUGCGCAUGUUUCUGCCGGCUUUGUUGAUCUACAAAAUUGGGUCCAAUCUGCAUCAGGACACCGGAGUGCGAUAUGUGCCUGUUCUGACUUGGGUAGCACCAGCAAUCGCCUUCAAUAACACGACCUCUCUUCCCCUCCUCCUUAUACAGUCUCUCAAGCAAACCCAAGUUCUCGAUGCCAUACUCAUUGGCGGCGAGUCUGGCAGUGAGGCCAUGGAUCGAGCCGAAUCAUACUUCCUGGUGAAUGCAAUGGUCAGCAACUCGCUUACCUUCGCGCUUGGGCCGCGCUUGUUGAGGCCAGGAGACGAGGACGCAUCCAAUGAACCACAUGAAGAGGACGAUGAUUCGGAGAACGGCGAAGCGAACGGAGAUGGCGUGAGUAGUGAUAUGGAGCGAGGUCCUGAUGGGAUAGUCGAUGAGGAGACUUCGCUACUCCCACAACAGUUGACCAAGCCCGCAAAUCGUGUGGAGGUAAAGGGAUAUUUGAAGACAAGAGCAUGGUUCAACAACUUGUCUCCGUGGCUACAAGAGACACUGGAAAUCACAUGGCAUUUUGCCAACGCUCCCUUGAUCGGCGCUAUCGUCGGAGCAGUAAUCGGAUUGACGCCCGCGCUUCAUCGAAUCUUUUUCAGUCCUAGCAACGAGGGUGGUUAUCUCAACGCGUCGAUCACGGCGGCGAUAAAGAAUAUCGGUGAUCUGUUUGCUUCGUUGCAGAUCAUUGUUGUUGGGGUAAAGCUCAGCAAGAGCUUGUUGCGCAUGAAGCGCGGAGAGCACAGUGGGGAGGUGCACAAGGGUAGUUUGGCGACCGUGACCUUGAUUAGAUUCAUCAUCUGGCCCUUAAUAAGCAUACCUUUGAUCUACGCAAUCGCCUCGAAGACGAAGCUUCUAGAUGCAGACCCUAUGCUUUGGUUCUCGAUGAUGCUCAUGCCGACCGGUCCGCCUGCUAUGAUAUUGGUAGCGCUAGCCGAUGUUACAGGUGCAGCGGAGUCGAUGAAGAUGACUGUUGCAAAAUUCUUAACAAUCAGUUACGCAGUCACUCCCAUGAUAUGCUUUGCUGUAGUUGGAGCUUUGAAAGCUACCGAAGCUGCGAUCGAUCAAUGA